AUGUCACAACAACCUCAACAAAAUGCAACUCCAACAACAAACCCAACAUCACCACCUCUAAAUAAUAAUAGUACUACAGCGAAUCGACCAUUUGUAUAUGGUCAACCUGCAGCAACAAUGCAACCACAUCAUACUUAUACAAGUGCAGGUACUGCAGCUGCAUCUUCGGGUGGAGGUGUUAUGACAGGAGGAGUUCCUCUACCUACUACUCCUACAACUAUACCAACUACACCAACUACACCUGGUACAGUUACUAGUGGUGUUGGUGGAGUUCAACCUGCAGUCAACAAAUCUGGUACUGGUUUGGUACAACCUACAUCACCUACGAUAUCAGCAAUUCCUCAACCAUCGAUCGAUCAGACUAUAGACAGUCUCUUUAGAAACAAGAACUUUUCAUCACCUACAGGUAGUUUGGUGGGUGUCGGUGUCAACUCGACCUUGUCAACUAGCGCAUUGAAUCCUUCUACACCACCAACAACAGCAAAGACAACAGAAGAAAAGGCACGUGAAAAGAAGGAAAAGGAUAAAGAGAGAAGAGAACGUGAACAACGCGAGAGAGAGCAAAAAGAACGUGAACAAAGAGAUCGUGAGCAACGUGAAGCUCUACUUGCUGCCGCACGUGAACCAGAGACAGAGAUACUUGGAAAGAAAAAGCUACACGAACUCUUGCAGCAAGUAUCUCCGGUAGAAAAGAUGGAUGAGGAGGUAGAAGACAUGCUUGCCGUGUUGGCCGAUGAUUUUGUGGAAUCAGUCGUCUCGUUUGCAUGUACAUUGGCCAAACAUCGUAAUUCGACAACAUUAGAGGUAAAGGAUCUUCAAUGUCACCUUGAGCGUAAUUGGAAUAUACGUGUACCUGGAUUUGGGACCGAUCAAGUAAAGACAUUCAAGAAACAAAACGUACCAGACAAUCACAAGACUAGAUUAGCGUUGAUGAAAAAAAAUAUAUUAGCUCAAAACAAGAAACUAAAUCAACAACGAGAACAACAAUUACAACAACAACAACAACAAAGAGAACAACAAUUACAACAAGCUGCUAUACAACCUUCUUCUUCAUCAACUUCUACUACAAAUAAUAAUAAUAAUAAUUAA